AUUAAAUUCCUUACGCAACAAACUACAGGACGCAACAAUAAUAAUCUAAUAUCCAUCUGAUAGGCAGCUUCGUGUUCCCAUCAAAGUCAGUCAACUAACCGACUACGAAGAAGCUUCGUCUUCCCUCUCAGUUAAUCUCCGUUUACUUAGACUUAGGCUGCAGGUUACCAUUUCCCGGCGGAGUUCUUUCUCUUCCGAUCUCUGUUUCUCCCCUGUUCAGUUGUUCUGCUCUCUCUACCUCGAUCAUCGGUGCCAUGGCGGAAUUAGUUGUAGGUCCAAUCAUGGAGAAGAUCAUCAACGCUUGCUCUGAUUACCUGGUAGAGCAAGUCGGAUGGCAGACGGGCAUGAAGAAGGAGCUGGAAAGGCUUCGAGAGAACCACCCGAAGAUCCAAGCUGUCGUCUUUGCUGCUAACCAAGCACAAAUCAGCGAUCAGAACCCGGCUCUCAACAAAUGGAUAUGGCAGCUGCGAGAUGCUAUUGAUGAGGCAGAUGAUCUGCUCGAUGAGUUUGAAUACAUGAAGCAUAAAGAACAGCUUACCAAAACUACGGAAGAAACAAAGAAACGAAAGGUCACGAACUUCAUAUUUGAAAUUCCUCGUAAAAUUUUCAAAAUUGGCGAACGUGUUCUCAAAAUGGAUCCCAACUUGAAACGACUGGAGGAAGCUGUGCAGAAACUUGAUAAAGUUUCGGCUGAUGUUACUACUUUCCUUCAUCUUAUAGACAGCGCGAAGCAGGAAUACAAGGAGCAGGAGGUUCAAUUCUACAAAACACGUGAAACAGGAUAUUUGCCUAAAAAUGAUCUCAUUGGGCGUGGCAAGGAUAAGGAGGUUGUUAUGGAGUGGCUGAGGAAUCCAUCAAAUGAGCAUCGGGGAACUGAUUUGUACAGAAACAUUUCUCUUCUAUCCUAA